AUGCAGCGCUAUCACACGCCAUUUGGUCCGGAACCUUCCCAGCCCCAGUGUGGAGUAGAGGCGGGACGUAGUGGUGCAGUGUUCUGGUUGGAAACGGCGAUGUCUACUCUGCCUGGUCGUGAUCAUACGUCCGGUUCCACUCCCUCUUUAGAUGGAAAAGGGGGUACAGAAUCAGCACUGAAAGGAGGAAAGUCAACAAAAAGGACAGGUCCUAGCUAUGUAUAUUACCGUCUAUACACCAAACUUGGUGCAUUUGAAUCAAAUCACGCCCUCUACCACAACAACCGUUUCAUUGGUCGCGUUCCAUCGAAUUAUUUUGCUCCUCCUCAUACCGUGGCGUCUAUCAAGCGGUCCCUGUGCAAAAUCGAGGGCCUCUCUGAGCCCGACAAGGCACUUGUCUUCACACCGCUCUCAAGCCCAGCACCUAAAGAAGACUCUGCCCGCCUCUCUUUUGCACUCAUCAACUUUGCAGUAUACUAUCGCGUCUACUUAUCAGAGGGAAAAAGGGAUGAAAAGACGAAGACGUCCUUUGACGAAAGCGAUAUUUCGUUAGGACGCAUCAACACCCUCUUCAUCGCUCCCCCUCACUCUGUCGGGUCUUUGAAAGCACAUAUCGCAAAAGUCGAAGGCCUGGUCACGCCGGGUCAUGCACUCUACAAGGAAAUGGAACUCUUUCAAGACAUGAAUAGUGACGCUGCCAUGAGCGACACUGAUGUCAUAUCCUUCUCAGGUGACACUUUUCCGGGUAGCGAUGAAGGCGAUCCCGUAGCCCUUGUCAAUGCAACCACCAAUACAGUUGCAGACCAAAAGACUAAGCCUACAUCAGAUGGACCAGAUUCAAAAUUCACUAAAUGCGCUCGGGUAACUUGUGCUACCAACUCUCAUCCAGCAUACAUGGUGAUUAAUUCCAAGGGUGAAAAAGGCUAUGUGGAAACGGGCACAGGAGUGUUGGGAACAGAUGGACAUGCUACGGAAAGGUGGCGCUUCGCGUUUACGAGCUGGGACAGGCUCCUAAGGAGUGGGAAAGGCAACGCAAACGCAUUGUUGACGUGUUGGCAGUUUCACGCAACAAAGGCUACAUUUCGCAUGACGAAGCUGGGAGAGGUCGUGAGCUGUGGAAAUGCGAUGAAAGAUUCAACUUCUCUGUUUCACAACACUUCCAAAGACGAGAUAGAACACCUACCUGAAGACUGGACAUCUACAGAACACGUUGACGUCUGCGACAGCUGGAACGAUGAGGUAUACACAUGUCCGAUGUAUGUAUACAACAACAAGGGAAAACCACGAAGGGCUAGCAAAUUUCGUUCUGCUACAUACAACAAAUCGAAACGACAUGCAUGA